AUGCUGGAAAACGGGAGAGGCAUUCAAAAUCAGAGUGCUCCAAUCCACGCCUUAUUAUCCCCAAGCCAAUGGACAGGCAGAAUCAAGCGACAAAUUGAUCAUCAACAUUAUCAGAAAAUGCUUGAGAAGAAUCCAAAACAAUGGCAUGAGAAGCUGUCAGAAACUCUGUGGGCAUAUAGAACUUCAAAAAGUGAAGCAACUGGCACGACUCCCUAUGCGUUAACCUACGGUCAUGAUGCAAUUCUGCCUAUGGAGAUAGCUGUUCAGUCCCUCAGAAUUGCUCACCAACAUAACUUAGUAGGAGAAAACUACUCCCAGGCCAUGCUGUUGGAACUGGAAGGAUUAGAUGCAAGCACAAGAGUUUUGAAGAAGGAGAGAUAG